AUGCUUUUUUUUCAACCAAAGGCCCAGCCCGGACGAAAACGGAAAACCGGGGCCUACCCCACGUUGUCCCUGCCAAGCCUGGAAGCACUCCUCCGGCAACGGGCGAACGACUAUUCUCCCCAGGCACCACCGGAGGCCUCAUCCCACACGCCAGCGAUGGGUCGCCGUUCGCAAAAGACGGCAGCAGUGGAGCACAGAGACAUUGGAACGAUGUUCCAGAGGCCCAUGCAGCUCCAAUCCACACCUGCGGAGUCCGCGUGGCAGGCCACUAGUACAAGGCCUGAAGCUCACACUAACUCAAACAAGCAAGCAGUGGCAGAGGGGCCGGCGGACACUCACCUACAGCCAUCAGAAGCUCCCACUGACACCACACCAACGACCAGACAAGACCUAAAGGUACUAUUGAUGGACUUUCACAAAAUACUUGCUGCCGAACUAGCUCCAAUUAAAAAUAACAUGAAGGCCAUUGCAGACCGGGUACAGACCUCAGAGAUGGACAUAGCAGACGUCCAGACACAGGUACAAAAACUCCAGACCUCGGUCCAACAAAUAUGGUCUCACCAAAGAGCUGUCACCUCACACAUCACAGCAAUGGAAGACCGCCACCGCCGCACCAAUGUAAAGAUAAGGGGUGUCCCAACUGCAAUUACAGCGGAUGAGCUCCUUCACUAUGCCAGACGGUUGCUGACUUCCCUCCUGUCCCCUGCGAUAGCCAAAAAAAUGAAUCUGGAAGAAAUCUACCGCCUACCAGGGCCCAAGGGGACAUCGACAACGGCACCAAGAGAUGUGAUACUAAGGUACGCCACAACACACGAUAAAAUACUCAUAAUGUCAGCACUUAAGGGCAAAACUCCCCUGCAGUUCGAGGAAGCCUCCCUGACUUUUUACCAAGAUCUCAGUAAAACUACCCUCCUGUGGCGAAAAACAUUUCAACCAGUGACCAGCCAGCUUCAAUCAGCUAAAAUAAGCUAUAGAUGGGGAGCAAACAGAUCCCUGACAGUAUCCAGAAACGAUGGCGUACACACGCUCACCUCUAUGGAAGACACUGUACCAUUCCUGACGGCCCUGGGACUGGCACAGCUACCGGACACCACGAGACGGAGAGCCUUCACCUCAACGUCAACCUGGGACCCGGCGCAUACAACACCCUUCAUCCCGAGAAUGGGGAAUGAGAGGAUGGCAGAACCAGGAACAAGCACCAGCGAGGACCCAACUUAAGACAACAGCCCGGCCAAAGACCAACCAGCCACACCAGCCGAUCUCUAAGCUCACCUUGGGACUGUCUGCUCAGGACAUUACAUACACCCCAAUGUUCUCCCAGUUACUCCCCCCCAUACCCUAUUCCAAGGACUGUGCAACUGUUUAACCCCUCACAUCACAGGGCACCUCAGACACGCAGGCAAUCACACCUAAGGUUGGGGACACAACCAGCGCUAUACCCCCUAUAACGGGGAACAACAGCAUCCCACCACAUUCACACAUGAGGCAACCGCCAAACUUCUCACAAAUCCCCCCCCUCCCCCUGCAGCUCCCAUGGUCAGGAGCCACUACAAACGAAACAAGGCGUACUUCAUAUACCCAACACCUCCCCGGGACUCACACAACACAGCCUAUACGCCUUGUACCGAAGAGGCUACAUAACACGCUACACCACAAGCCCAUAGGCUGA